AUGUCAUAUCGAAACACAUCGGCAAAGGAUGCUCCCUUGUACGGCGCCCCCAAGCCCGCGAAGAAACAUAAGUCGUCACGCGAAAUCUCGUCGUCAAACACCCUCGCCUUCACCUCGCAGCUUCAGUCCCUGAUUCACGCCGGCCCCAAAGACUCCGCCAAUCCCACACGUCCAUCCGCCUCACGAUCACGUCCAAAGAAAGAAGACAUCUUCGCCUCACACAAUCGCAAUGUGAAGAAGCGUGCUGCCAGAGACCUCGACGAUGACUCUCCCGCCUUCAACCAAAAACACAGCACAUCCUCGCAAGCUCUAGACUCUUCAGCAUGGCACCGUUCCAAGCGAAAGAUGGAAGAGAAGGCCCGUCUCUAUGCCGCCAUGAAACGAGGAGACGUCGGCGACGAGAACGAAUCACACCUCGUCGAUUUCGAUCGUAAAUGGGCCGAUCGGCAAAACAAACAACUUUCCGAUCAAUCCUCUUCAGACGACGACUCAGACAGCGACAAAGAAAUGGUCGAAUGGGAAGACGAGUUUGGUCGCACACGCACAGGCACCGCUGCUCAACGCGCCCGCGAACAACGACUCGCUCAACUAGGUUCAGAAGCCGCUUUGCGCUCGCGACCAGACAUGCCUACGAAUCUCAUCGUUGGCGAUACUGUCCAAGCAGCUGCAUUCAAUCCAGAUGAGCCCGUUGCCCAACAAAUGGCCCAUCUAGCCGCCAAACGCGACACAUCUCUCACUCCACCUCCAGAUACCCACUUUGACGCUUCCAAGGAGAUCAGACAAAAGGGCGUUGCUUUCAUGCAAUUUAGCCACGAUGAUCAGGAACGCAAGAGACAAUUCGAGAACCUGGAGAUGGAGAGGGCCGAGACGGAAAGAGUGCGUUCCGAACGCGAAAAGAAGAUCAAAGAUCGCAAAGAAGAGAUCGAGCGACGAAGAGAGGCCAUCAGACAGAAACGAGGCAAGGUACAGGUUGACGAUUUCUUGACUGGCUUGGGUCAGGAAAUGGGUGCUCAAUCAGCUGUAGAGAAGAAACUGACAAAGAAAUCUGCGACCGAAGACUAG